AGGGCUGGGGUGUUAAACCCAAUUCCCAACUCCCAGGCAUGGAAAAAAAAAAUAAAAAAUAAAAAACUUUUCAGUGUGUUCUCUCGCGUAUUACUUGCAUUUCACUCAUAACACUGACGCGAUUCGCUUCCUCACUAUUCCACACGAUUCCUCUACUUCGCGGAAUGCAACUUUCCCCCUUUGAAACGCGUUUCUGUAUCGAGCUCAAUUUCCCCUCACUUGAAGGAGGAGGCAAAAUUGCAUCGGUAAACGAAUUGAAGCUAGAGGAAGCAGGAGCACCACCUCUUCCCUCUUGUGACUGCCACCUUCACCGAGGUAUGAUGGAGGAGUUUCGUUCAUUUUGUUAGCUGAACCCAUUUUCGGGAUUAGGGUUUGGUGUUGUCCCCUGUUAUCUGUUAGUUUUGUUUUAAGAAUUGAGAAUGCAGCAGUUACUUUUUUGCAAUCUUAACCACUCUGAAGUUUGGAUUAGGGUUUGGUGUUGUCACCUACUCUUGAUUGAGUUAGACAUGACUUGUGAUGUUUCUAAUUUAUGAUUGCUAUGUCAUGCAAAUGGAAUGCACUUUUAAGAUAAGGUUGCUGCAUUGCAUUGUUUGGUUGAGUGAAUCGAUUUACGGUGUGUGUGGGUUGUGUAUUUUCAACUUUUAUGUUUGGCCACUAAUCAAUAGAAAUCCCUUCUUGUUGCUGGUUUAUGGAAAAGUGAAAGCCAUGAAAAUCAAAGGCCUGAAAGAUUCAUAUCACACAUGCAAUGAGAAGGGAUUUCUGUUUCAGUUCCUCCACCUCUCUUGGAGGAACUUCCGCAUCCUCAAUAUCAUUCCUUACCCAUAAUUGGUAAACUUGUGCCUUUGCUUAACUGAAAGGGCCUUGUCAAACUGAUAAGAUCAGAAUGGAAAUGCCAUAAUAAGUAGCCAAGCCAGCAGUCUAAGAGAGAGAGAGAGGGAGACUAGAGAGGGAGCUAGGUGUGAGAAAGGCUUCUGUUUGUGGAGUGCUUGAGGUGUUGGCUUGAAAAUCUUAAAAAGAUUGUUGAUCACUUAGCAUGUGACGAAGCGAGAAAAGCGGAUCCUUGAAACAUAAAACGGUCACAUUUCAAACUAGUUAUUUUGAAUGAUUUAUUGUCAAAUUAGUUUCUUAUUGAAGCAUUGUUUUUUACAGGAUCAAACUACAUUUUAUGGCUAGACAAGUUAACCGCAGGUUGGAGACCAUGACUCCUAAAACUCAGAAUUUGACUCAAGAUGAUUCUUCUGGAAUUCCACGUCCAAUUACAACGCUUCCUACUGGAACAGUGAUUCGGCAGACCUUUUAUGUGUCCGAUCCCAAUGAUCCUGACAAAUCUGGGCUUGCUAUCCGGUUAGCCUUCAAGAAUAUCAGUAAAUCGAACUGCUCAAAAGAGAUUUGUUGUAUGUGGGGCUCUAUGGUGGCCGACAUGGCCCCGCCACUUACCGGAGAAGUCAAAGAAGCAUUGAAGAAAAUUGGUUUGGAUCCUUUGGAGGAGAAUUUGACAACCAAUCAUACCCAAUGCAGCGAACUGCCUGACAUGACUUUGCCUGCUCUUCUUGUCACUGCCUGACAUGACUUUGCCUGCUCUUCUUGUCACCUUUGGCUGCUGUGUUCUUGUUCUUUUCAAGGAUUUUGAUUAUUGGGACAAUUCUACCUACGAAACUUUCAUGACCAAAAGUAUUCGCCAGCUACAAGAGUCGGCUGGACAUGACACGACAAUUCCAGAUGUCAAAAAUCCAUUUAGUUUGAAGUAUGCGAGGCUCAUCAGUAAUACAUUGGGUGAGGUUCUAUCUCUUAGAGCACGCCUCAUUAAACAUUUCGGGGCAACCAAAGGGAUCGACCUAUUCACUGGUGUUCACCGCUGUCUCCUGGCCCAAAUUCUCUGGUCCCGAAUGGAGAGUUUUCGUCUAAUUAAAGACUGGCUUUUCAGGCCUGAUGAACCUUCGCGAGCUAUUAGGGAUAGGCGUGUGUCUGAGGAGGUUGAACUUAUGCGGAAGGCAAUUGAGACUUUCGAUUCUCUUCUUGAUGAUACUUAGGAUGAUACUGAGGCUGCGCUGUGUAUGCAUAGUGAAAAUUCUGAUUUGCCGACGAUGCUGAAGGGCUCCCAAUUCCGCAUCCUUGCUGCUGUUGCCCACGACCUUGACACUAGAAAUGCUGCCAAGUCCACAGUGAAAUCACCUGCUAAGUCCACAGUGAAUUCACCUGCCAAGUUCACUGCUGCUCUCACCAAUGUUCAAACCAAUUUGGAUGAAUCGUUUGCUGGUACUGAGCAGCCGGUUGGCGCUGCCACUCCUUCAGGUUUUACUGAUGCCAAUUCUUCCACUCCUGAGCAGCCGGUUGGCGAUGCCACUCCUUCACGUUUUACUGAUGCCAAUUCUUCCAGUGAUCCACGUUUUAGUGAUGUUAAUUGUUCCCUAUUUGCAGCAUAGGCAAAACUUGUGAAAUCGUUAUUGAUCAUACAUUGGAAGCGACAACGCCAAUGAGUAUAUACUGGAAGUCUCAUUAGGCAGUUUCUUGAAGUUCUUUGCAUUUUGACAGUUUUUUGGUUAAUUGUAUGAGAAGUUUAACAAUACUUUGAUGGAAUAUGAAUAUAUUGUGAAUUCUUCUUACA